AGCAAAUCUUAUUUACGGUGGCGAACAGUACGAUUUGUAUCGGUUACGCUGUCAACGUUUCACGAGGACUGCAAUGCGCGCGCACCGCCCCUAUGCGCGGCUUAGGCUUAUUUGGCUCGUAAGAUUAUUCUUAUUUUUUUACUUCUUUCGCAGUGCUAUGCGACAUCAAAAUUUCCGCGUAAGCGGCCUCUGAGUAUUCAACGUUGAUUGGCAUUUACUAUAUCAAAGCAAUCCAGGCGCGUCUAUGGCGGCGUUUUUUCCCAGUGACCAUAUGCCCACCGCCGAAGUUCUUACCAGCAUCAUGGGAGUCACUGUAAUUGUAUUGAAUCUUUACAAGCUCGCCGUGUCCAUCACUGGAUUCGAAGAAGUUGAAGAUUGGCCUCUCUGGCACCACAUAUCUGGGCUUACGGAAGCGUUCAACUACAUCGCCCUGGGCGUUUGCUUGCUGAUGCUGGUCGCGGAAGUGAACGACCACGCGAAGAUCAUCCAGGAGAACCUCGGACCAGCGGUCUAGAGGCGAGGCUCCUAACCCGGACCGGAGCGUCGCAAGACCGCCAUGGCACUACUGGGACACGCAUCGUUGCAGUUCAUCAUCAUCAGCGUGAGCGGCAUUGCGGACACUGCUCGCCUGUUUGCGGCCGAGUACGGCACUCCAGUCAGGUUGCCGUGCGACGAAAACGUCGAGGCUGCCGACGAAUUGAGCGCGCUGUCGGCGUUCGACGCCGUCUGGACGGAUCCGCGGGGCGUCACGCUUGUCGGCGGGGGCGACGACGACCAGGGCUCCGGCGCAGCCGAGCUCCGCGGUGACCCGUGGGUGGACGCCUUCAGCGGAGACCUGUCGCUGGCCGCCGUUGACUUUGCCGACGCCGGCGAGUACUCGUGCAGCGCGCGCUACGCCGACGGCGAGGCGCUCACGGAGCCGCGGGAGUCCAAGCACACCUUACAGGUGUACGAAACGCCCGUGGCUGGACAGUGCGAGUGCGGAUGCGAGCUCAUCGGGAACGUGUGCCUGGCGUGCAGCCCGGGUCAGUAUGGGAAAAGCGGCGCCUGCCACCUCUGCUCCGUGGGCAGCUUCAAUGAGCGCCACGGCGCCCUCUGCUGCCAGCGCUGUCCCUUCCUCUACGUCACCUGGGGCCGUGGCGCCACGUCGAGGCAAGGGUGUUCCGGUGUCCUUCACGACUUCCUGAUUGGCUUGGCAGUCCUGGCUUGCCUCUCCAUAAAUCUGUACGCGCUUUUCAAGUUUUCCGGACCCAUUGUCCUCGACUCCCUGUGCGAGUACGUCUUCAAAGAAGCUAACGCCUCCAAGUUGGGACCGGGCGCCGACGUCUCGGACGACGCGUUAGACGACGGCAUGCCAGACGACGUCUUCGACGGAAUCUCGAGGCUCAUUACCCGCCUCAAGAAACGGAAGUUGCCGAAAGCCUCGGGUGAAGAAGAUGCUCCUCUUCUGCCUGCUUCGGAGCCAGCCGUCGAGCUAGAGUGCUCGGACGAUGACGUCGACCAGCGCGUCGUCUGCUACAAUCACGACGCGUCGCCCGAACCAGCAGACGACGCUCCGCGGAUCGUGCCAGUGGGUUCUCUUCGACAUCCGAAAUUUCCGAGCGUAAUUAGAUCCGGUGAGGACGUUUUCACCGACCCCGGACACUCCAUCAGUGAACGAAACAAUACUUCGCCAGAAGGAGAGGACUCCGGGAACCUCUCGGAUGUCGUCGCACUCGUUGGAAGUCCCGAGGCAGAUUGGAUCUCGUCUGGCAGACGACGGUGGAUCGGCCGGUAUGACGUCACAGUCGCGCGGACGUCGAAAUGCGAGAGUCGACAUCUCCUAAUGGCCUCCGCUCUAGCGGACGGUCUUUCUGAGCGAAGCGGCGGGACCUCGUCGUUACCCGAACAACGUGCGACUUACGACGUCUUCGCCGGGCGUUGGUCGAGCACCGAGACAGCAGACUCCGCCAGCGACGUGUCGUUCUUGCCAGACGACUCUCGAAGUUGCUCUACGGGUGCGAAUUCUUACGGUACCUUCGAACGCAAGAGUGGCAGUAGUAAACGAACUCGAAGACCCGCAAUUUCAGUCGGGGACCGCUGCGCCCUCCACGAACUGCAACAACGUUAGCGAAUUCUUCGUCGGAUGGUGCCAAUAGCUUAGCGCCAAUGGCACCCUGGAAAUUUCGUUCCGGGCAUUAUGAAACGAAUAGUGCGCGAAAGCCAGCGAGCUACGUCGACGUUAAACCCGCGUCAGAAAAAAUUCCUAACCCGAGCGCGCGUGGAGACACAAAAUUGGCUUCUGGAGAAACACGUCGCGAGGAGACGGAUAAACGCGAAAGACUGGUUCCGUCGAGGUUCACCCACAGCCGCUAUAACUCAGGGCACGACAGUGCUACCGUUGUGUGGAUUGAUGACGUAUCUUCGGAAAACGGCGAAUCAGAGAGUACGAGCGCACGGACACGUGACAGAGCUGUUCCGUCAUGCUUACGUUACAGCGACGGGGAACAGACGGAUGCCGUCACGGAAACCGCCGAAAGCGGACAGUACUUGAUGUCCUCAGUGGCCGACUCUUCUUCCGAGACGGUCUGGAACUGUUCGUGAGGAGGUUGAAUUCAGGGAACCAGGCAGCCGAAAGGCCUCUAGAGCGACAAUCGAAGCGAACGCGCCUUGGGGGCAGAAGUUCUUGUUCCGGAACGAUCCAGACGUUUGACAAACUUCGCCAAAGCUUUUGAAGGGCCCGUUUUAUACUGUGCUACAUUCUCGAGCGUCUUUCUCUUUUUUUGCUAAAUUAAAGAGAUGUCGUCGAACCUGCCAAGCAAACGUAAUGCGACACUUGAAUACUAUAGUUAA